GGUGUAUUCUGGCUGUCUUGACGCUGGGGACCAGGAGAGGAAUUCAUUGAAGCAGACGCGCAGUGGAGGCUAGUGUGGUCCCUUAACGGGAAAUUCAUGCCAUCGCCGUGCACUCAACGGCCUGUUUAUUUCACUGUGGAAACGGAUCAAUUAAUCAGUUCGUGAAAAACGUGAUCAGUCGAUUACAAGGCGGAAUAACGCGCACUGAAUGACCUUGCAUCGAAUGUCAUAAAAGAAGGAAUUUUUAAGCACCGACACGAUCCUCAGUUGCAACCAUGGAGAUUGUCACACAUUUAAUUAAUGACACCAUAGAAUUCUACAAAUGGACCCUAACUAUUGCAGACAAGCGAGUGGAGAAAUGGCCUCUGAUGGACAACCCCCUGCCCACACUGGCCAUCAGCACCUCCUACCUGCUCUUCCUCUGGCUGGGGCCCAAAUACAUGAAGAACAGAGAGCCCUUCCAGCUCCGCAAAACCCUCAUCAUCUACAACUUCAGCAUGGUCUUCCUCAACUUCUUCAUCUUUAAAGAGCUGUUUAUGGCAGCGAGGGCCGCAAGCUACAGCUACAUUUGUCAACCGGUGGACUAUUCAGAUGACCCCAACGAAGUCAGGGUGGCAGGAGCUCUGUGGUGGUAUUUCAUCUCUAAAGGCAUCGAGUACCUGGACACAGUGUUUUUCAUUCUGAGGAAGAAAUUUAACCAGGUUACCUUCCUGCAUGUCUACCACCACUGCACCAUGUUCACGCUCUGGUGGAUCGGCAUCAAAUGGGUGGCAGGAGGACAGUCAUUCUUUGGUGCACACAUGAAUGCAAUGAUCCAUGUGUUGAUGUAUCUGUAUUAUGGACUGGCCUCCUGUGGACCUAAGAUCCAGAAGUACCUGUGGUGGAAGAAGUAUUUGACUAUCAUCCAGAUGAUUCAGUUCCACGUCACCAUUGGCCACACGGCCUUGUCCCUCUACGUCAACUGUGACUUCCCCCACUGGAUGCACUACUCCCUCAUCUGCUACGCCAUCACCUUCAUCAUCCUCUUCGGCAACUUCUACUACCAGACCUACCGCCGCCAGCAGCCCAGGCGUGACGCCUCCUCCUCCUCCUCCUCCAAAGCAGGAAAGGCCCUCUCUAAUGGGACCCUCAACGGGCUCAGCAAGGCUGCCAACGGAGCGGUGCUGACGGGGAGCAAAGAGGAGAAACCCCAGGAGAACUCUGGGAGGAGAAAGAGGAAAGGAAGAGCUAAAAGAGAUUAGAGGAAGAAGAGUGGGAGAGGUUGAGGUGAGGUAUGGCCUUGCUCUGGGUUCUCGGUUACUAGUGCUAAAACAUGAAAGACUUGGAUGGAUGUGUUACGGUGUGAUGUGUUUAUUUAAGCCAUGAUCUGAGUGUUGUAGAUAAAAUCUGAGACAGGCCUGAGUUGAGAGAGGAUCAUUGUGUUAGUAAGAGGUGUCAAAGGUCGUGCCUAAGCUGACCGUUAUCACAAAUAACCCAAAAUACAGUAGUGUCUGGUAUGGGAUAGAACUUAGUAUUCCUUCUCUUUAUUGUGGUGCCAAGUGCUGUAGCUCUUCAGCUCCUAAAAACUGAGCCCUGAAAAGGAAACAUCAAACACAGAGUUUACCAGGCCCCUUUGGCAUGCUGGGGAAUGCUACAUUAAAUGCACCUGAGCUGCUUGAAAAAGAUUAUAUACUAUCAUUAUUAGUGAUCACUGCUGUACUGAGACAGGAAUACACAUCAUAACACACGCACAAACAUGUCACACACAUUUAUAUUUGAGCUUCUUAUUUUUUUGUUGUUCACCUUUACAGAUAUAAAACUGAUGAUAAUGUACAGUAUCAUGUCAUAUUUGUCGUCAUCUUAUUCAAGCUGUUACAUGAGAGAGACUUAAGUUUACAGUACAUGUCUACUGAACAGACACCUGUGCAGUUAUCCACUUAUUUGUGAAGAUGAAGAUGUAUUUUUUAUUCUUAUUUAUUUUGAGUGGUGAACUCUCACUUUUGAGUUUUCAUCCAUUAGCACACAGUUACAUUCUAGUGAAGGAAAAUUAAUCAAUAUCUGGAAGUAAGAUGAACAUAGAAAGGGAAAAAAAGUAGAUUUCUAACCCUUUGAGACCUGGAUGAGAUUGUUUCAUCACCGUUUUAAGAUGAAAUAAUCAUCAUCUGCAGCUCAAAGUAGGUUAAAAUCUAGAUUUUCUAUUUCUGUAUACAACCAUAACCCGUUUUAUAUAUCCCUACUUGUAUGUAAUGUGAUGAAAUAUAAUGAAUAUUAUAAAGAGAAAUGAUGAAUCUGAUGAUUAUCUCAAUGUUUCCCACUUUUGACAGAGAAGCUGGUGGAGUUUUGUCUUUGCAGAUGUUUACCUGUCUUUUUAUAUCCUCUCUGAUGUCGUCGUUUGUCUUACACACUGGUGAAAAUGUUGUGUGCCGAACAAAGAAGUGCUGGUGAUCUGGGUUCCCUUUGUAUUUGCGGAGAAUUCAGAACAAGCUUACAGGUAGUUUUGAUCAUAACUUAACUGAACCUAUUUUCUUCCAAUAUUUGAUCAAAUGUCCUUUUUGUUUUGUUUUUUUAAGUUUUCAGGCUGAAACCAUAUCCUGAGCUGGCUUGAAUGUAAAUUUAUCAGGGGAAAAAUUUGGAUCUAAAAAGAUAAAGGUUAUGAUUUCUUUACAAAAAGAGCUAGUAUAGUGACUGUAUGUUAUACCACUAUGAAGAAUAACUUUGCUCUGCCUGUAAUAUAUAGAGUAUAAAUCAGUUGUCAGUUCUAUAUCAGCAGAUCCAGCUUUAUGUCAUCCAUCAACUAAUGCAUUUUGAUGUUAUUUAUUGGUUCUUUCUAUUUAUUUUUAUGUAAAUACCAAUUUCCAUCUAGCUGAGAGUGCUUGUCUGUGUAUUUGUGUUUUUUUGUGUUGUACAUAUUACAUUGUGAUAUUUUGUAUACUGCGCAUUUGGGAAUGUUCCCAGCUUGUUAGCUUGGACAUUUAUACGUCCACAAUGCUUCUGUGUGUGUUUUUUUUUAAGUAUCAUAACUUUGAACUCUCUUCAAAUUAAAUUAAACUGAAUGCCUGUACAAA